GUUUUAGAAUCAAGAUUUCCCCUACACAGAAACAUUCAUUCUGAUCAACAAUGGACUGUCCCUGUAAUGGCAGAAUUGAGAGUCACAAAUUAUGCCAAGAGUAUAAGAAGAUAGCCCCACCAAAAAAGCCUCGGGGUGAGGUCUUCGCUCCGGACGGGGUAGUCAUCAAAGGAGAUAUACCAUGUGACUUGUGUGACAUUUACGAGAAUGUGAACCAUUACUGUACAGAAUGUAACCAGAACUUGUGUAACUGGUGCAAUCAUCUACAUCUAAGGAGUAAGGCAAGCUUCAAGCACCACUCAAUCAAUAUCCAGCUUUGGGAAAAACAUAGGGAAGUCAUGCGAUGUCCACAUCACAAAGACUGGUACCAGAAUAUCUACUGCACCUACUGCCACAAGCUUGUGUGUGGACAAUGCAGCAGGACCUCCAACAUGAAUGACCCAAGACCUUGCUUUUUCAGCACUAAGAGAGAAGAGAUGCAGCAUCGAGUGAAACUGUAUAAACAAGGAAAGAUAACUCUCCAGGGCAUGACCCUUGAGGAACAUAAAAUGUUCCGUGAAUGUCUAAUGGAGGAAAGAAACAGUCAGAUUGAGAUGGUGGACCAACUGCAGGAGAAAAUGAUGACAGAGAUUCAGGAGACUGGUACUCUUAUUCACGAGUACAAGGAGAGGUUUGAAGCUUGGUACCAACAAAUCUGUGAAGACUUCGUGGCUAAAAUUCAAAAGUAUAAAAAGAAAGCUGCCAACCUUAAGGGCAGGGAGCUUAUACGACUCUAUAAAUAUGCACAAAAUGACAUAAAUAAGCCAAGAGAGAAUGUUCCCCCUGUUUAUAAUAUACCUCCCCCAAAAUUUAUCCCUGGGCGACCCGGAUCAGGGCCUGUUGAGGAGCAGUUUGGGAAAAUUGAGUAUGAUGACCUUCAUUUACAAUGGAAGAAGCACAUCAUGUUGCAUAACUUUCUGUGUACAGAUUAAUUUUUUUGAUAAAGAAAAUAUUUUAUGCUAAUUUAAUUAAUGAAGUAUAAUACAAUGUGAACUGAUGAAAAACUUACCAUGGAAUCAUUUUAAUUUGUGGGCGUCAAUGUUCUUGAACACACAAAAUUUUACAUAAUUUUGUCAGUAACUCAUAUAUAUAAAGAGGAUUCAAUGAACCAUGUUGAUAAAAUUGUGGCUCAUGGUAACAUAAAUUCAUGGGUAAGGGUGACCCACAAAAUCCACAAACAUUGGUUCCCCACAAACAAUGAUGAUUCCACAGUAUGUAUACCUAUUAAAUAGAACUCAGACAGUAGCUGUCUGUACUUGUAAUCAAUGAUUGUGUAAUACUUAUGACAAACCAUUACAUUAUGUGUUAUAAUAUACAUUUUAAAAUUUUACUUUAUAGAUGUAAACUGUAGGCUUUAAGGACUUUCCCAUAAUAGUAAAUCAUGACAAAUGAAAACCCUGUUUAUACAGACCUAUUUUCAUAUUGCGACGUAGAUCUUGCAAGCCACUGACCGCUUUCUGUAUGUGAACAUCAAAAUCAUUGUUACUGGUUGGAGGCAUCAC